GGUUGUUGUUUGUCGAGGGUCUUUGACGGCCACUCGCAAUGGGGAUGAAAUUUUGGAACAUCAUGCGUUGCCUAUCCUUGAUGAAACCAGCUACAAUCCUACUCUAAUGCACGAUAAUGGCUGUCUACAUGUCGUUCGCAUAGCAUAAACCGACCUUCAACAGCAUAACAUCGUCUUAGCCUGGCCAGCCCGUUCUCCAGGCUUGAACCACCAUCGAACAUUUAUGGGAUAACCUCAAAAUACGAAUAAUAACAUAUCCAUCGUUUCCUGAUACACUCUACGGACUGAUGGCUUUUCACUCCAUAAGACGACCAGAAUUGACCAGAACCCAUAGAGUUGCAUGGCUCCCAUUUGCUCGAGAACACAUCCAUUGAUCUUUGGAUGAUUGGCCUGCUGUAGUUUUUACAGAUGAGUGUAGAUUUACUCUUACAUCUCCAGAUGGGCGUGAAAGAGUAGGAGGCGACAUGAAAGCUACAGAGUUGUAACUUUUUCCCAGAGCCAACCAUUUCAACAUCGCUCAGUGAUGGUGCGGGCAGGAAUUUCAAUGGAGAGCUGCACAAAGUUGGUUGUUGUUCGUGGAAGGUCUUCUUUGGCCACUCGCCGUGUGGAUGAAAUUUUGAAAUUGAGAAAAUGUCUACAUACUGUUGAUGGAUAUCCCAACAUAAAAAAAGGCACCUGGAAGAGUAUAACAUUCACCCAAAUCAUAGUGUUUCUAUCUCACAAUUCUCUUACAGUAUAUUCAAGUGCCUACUUCUUUUCAGUAUUUGCGCAUGAUAAAUGGUGAAAUAAAGGAAAUUUUAUCAAGCAGCUUGCAAAGAAUGGUUUGGAAAAAUACCCUUAGAGAUGCUGUGAUUUGUCAAUCGGUCUGAGAGAAUUAUUUGUAUUUGUUAAUUAAACUAUCUUUCGCUUUAACGAUUAGGGACAAACGUAUAAAUAUGUUGUUAGAUUUGUGGGAAGAAUGCUUCUCACAGAGUCAAUUAUACAUUGGUUUUUAAAGAAUAAAGAAGCUUCUUUUUUGCAAAUAAUUAUUCAAAUUUUCAUACUACUCAAGUCAAGCCAGGGCAUCUGCUAGUAUGAAGGACCAAACUGUUGAAUUGUUAAUUUUUCGAAAAAUAAAAGAAAAAACAUAUGUUCUUCAUGUUUUUUCUCUCUAACGUAUCAAAACAACAUUAACAACAACACAUAAAAUGCGAAAAAGAAUCUAAUAAAAAUUGUGGAAAGCACUUCCAAAGCUUAGUCGUAUAAAUGAACAGACUAUAAAUGCCAUCUUGUCGAAGGGGGUGGUGUACAGCAAAGAGAGUUAGCAAUGUCCUCUUUAGUAAAUACUUGUUGUACACAAAUCUGGGAUUAUCUGUCACGCUGACGGCCCUGGGAGACUUUGCAGAACAGAAAAUCAUGCAUUACAAAGUACCGUGGGAUGAGAAUAGAACAACCAGGGUAGUCAUCGUCGGAGGUGUUUUUGGCGGUUAUGUCAGCCAUUGGUGGUUUAACUACCUCGAGAAGAAGAUCCCAGGGCAGAGUUUUAAAAGCGUUAUGAAAAAGGUGUGGCUAGACCAGUUGGUCUUUUCCCCUUUGUACACACUUUUUCUGUUUGUCGCUCUAGACGUCUUGGAACAAAUAUCUUUUGAGGACAUAAAGCACGGUGUCAAGGAAAAGGCCUCGUUGCUUAUAUUUUCUGAAAUCCUUUUUAUGCCUCCUUUACAAGCCAUGAACUUCUACUUUAUAGUACCCAAGUACAGGGUGAUGUUCGACUAUGUGCUAUCACUUAUGCUCUCUAUGUUCACAUCAUUCAUAAAAUAUGAUUUUUAACUGUAUUAGUAAAACAAAUUUACACAAAAACAAUUUUUUGCUCUUUCUUUUGAGGUUUUAUGCUAUUCAAAUCAUAUUGGGAUUUGACAGCUGAAUAUCAGUUUUACUAAAUUUAUUUUAUCAUUUUGUUCUAUUUGGAUACAUUUUAUGCAAACCAAAUGAAUUUUUAAUGAUUAUUUGGAGAUCCUAAGAUGCAGUCUGG